GUGUGUGAAAAAGAGAUCAGGAGAAAGAGAGAGAGAGAGAGAGACGGAAGAGAAGGAGGGAGGCAGAGCCUGCCUUCUAGUGUGAGGGGUGACGCUGAGAGAGAAAGGAGGCAGAGAGUAAGGAAGAGCAGGAAGAAUACCACCACCGAGCCUGGAGACAGCUGCAGCAGAAACCAGCAUGUGGGUGUACUUCCUGUCUGCGUGUGCCGCGGGUGUGGCCCUCCUGUAUGCGCUGUGGUCCUGGCUGAUACCCGCGGCCGUGCAGUACAACGCCUGGGGCGCACUCCUGUGGCAUGAUGUCAUCGUGGAGCGGGCGCUCGACCUCCUGACCCGCUCUACGAGACCCAAGCGCCUCCUGCGGGCCGUGCAGAAGAACGCCACGCGGGGAGACCCCCUGAGCGUGAUCUCUGCCAUCGAUCACUUCUGCCGACACAGCGAGUGGGCCAUGAACGUGGGCGAUGAGAAAGGCUCCAUCCUGGACUCUGUGGUGAGCGAGCUGAACCCCAACACCUCUCUGGAGCUCGGUACGUACUGUGGCUACUCCACCGUGCGCAUUGCCCGCCUGCUGCCCCCCGGCGCCCGCCUGAUCACGCUGGAGUUCAACCCCGACUACGCCGCCGUGGCCCGCCAGGUCAUCAGCUGGGCAGGGGUCCAGGACAAGGUUGAGCUGGUGGAGGGGCCUUCAGGAGACCUGAUCCCCCAGAUGAAGGAGCGCUUCGGGGUUGAAACUUUCGAUUUUGUUUUCUUGGACCACUGGAAGGACCGCUACCUUCCUGACACCAACCUGCUUGAGGAGUGUGGCUUGCUAAGAAAAGGCGCUGUGCUGCUGGCAGACAACGUCAUCUGCCCUGGGACCCCCGAGUACCUGGCAUACAUCCGAAACAGCCCCCGCUACGAGAGCCGCUACUUCCAGUCCCACCUGGAGUACACCAAAGUGGAGGACGGGCUUGAGAAGUCCAUCUUCCUGGGAUAGGGACACACCAGCCAGACCUUGAGUUGAUUCGUUUACAAAAAGUGGGAAGUCGGACUGCAAUCUUUUCCACUUCAGGUUAAAGAGCAUCACCAGCCACAGUGCUCUCGUACACAAUAUCUCAACAACGAUAAAAGUGAAAUAACAAAGAUGAAAAGCCAUCACUGCACACAUCCCGAGAGUAAUGGUCCGUUCAUUUGCGCUUAGCAGUCCAGAAUCAGCAUCUGGUGUCAGCUAAGCAAGAAAACCUGAAAUGGAUCAAAUUGUGCAAUAUGAGAAUAGAAAACAACGGUUUAUGUAAACUGGAAAGCUCGGGGGG